AUGACAUCUGCUAAGGACAUCGGUCAACAUCGGGACACGUCUGGCCUCAACAUCUUCGCGAAUCCAAAUCUUUCUACCUCUCCCACAGCAUCUUUCCAGUCUGCACCAUCGAGUCAUGGAGGCUCUCUCUUCGCAGGACGUACUGUUCCUUUACCGAACGCGAAGCACUUGAAGCCAUUCGCCACAGAAGACAUCAAAGUUCUGCUCCUAGAAAAUGUCAACCAGACCGGUAGAGAUAUUCUCACAGGACAAGGCUACCAAGUCGAGUUUCUUAAAUCGUCUCUUCCCGAGGAUCAACUUAUAGAGAAGAUCCGUGAUGUACAUGUGAUUGGCAUUCGUUCAAAGACGAAGCUGACAGCCCGCGUGCUGAAGGAAGCUCGUAAUUUGAUUGUUAUUGGAUGUUUUUGUAUUGGAACCAACCAGGUUGACCUCCAAUAUGCGGCCGCACAUGGCAUUGCGGUCUUCAAUUCCCCAUUCAGCAACUCUCGGAGCGUGGCCGAACUGGUCAUAUCUGAGAUUAUUGCUCUGGCUCGUCAGCUUGGUGAUCGCUCAAUGGAGAUGCAUGCUGGUACUUGGAACAAAGUAAGCACCAAGUGCUGGGAAAUUCGGGGGAAGACGUUGGGAAUCAUCGGUUACGGUCACAUCGGAGCGCAGUUGUCGGUACUGGCUGAGGCGAUGGGCAUGUCGGUCAUAUUUUACGAUGUCCUGAAUCUGAUGGCCUUGGGUACUGCUCAGCAGGUGCCGACUCUCGAGACUCUUCUAGCCAAAUCAGACUUCGUAACAUGCCAUGUCCCCGAGCUCCCAGAGACCAAGAAUAUGAUAGGGCCGCAACAAUUUGAGCAAAUGAAACAAGGGUCCUACUUGAUCAAUGCUUCCCGCGGAAGUGUCGUUGACAUCUCUGCGUUGAUCCACGCGAUGCGUUCUGGAAAGAUCGCCGGGGCAGCCCUCGACGUCUACCCGAAUGAGCCUGCUGGUAAUGGGGACUACUUUAACGAUGACCUCAAUACUUGGGGCUCGGAUCUUCGUGGUCUCAAGAAUGUUAUUCUGACCCCACACAUUGGAGGCAGCACAGAGGAAGCGCAGAGUGCUAUUGGUGUUGAGGUGGCACAGGCUCUAGUACGAUAUGUCAAUGAAGGGACUACCCUUGGUGCAGUCAAUCUUCCUGAAGUCACGCUUCGCUCUCUCACGAUGGACGAGCCAAAUCAUGCUCGGGUGAUUUACAUUCACCAGAAUGUUCCGGGAGUCCUUCGGAAAGUGAACGAAAUCCUUGGUGAUCACAACGUCGAUAAGCAGAUGACCGACAGCAGAGAUGAUGUCGCCUAUCUCAUGGCUGACAUCAGCGAUGUUGACAACUCCACCAUUAAGGACUUGUAUGAGAGACUUGAGAGUCUGUCAUCCCGGGUUAUGACACGGAUACUCUACUAA